AAAGAGAGAGAAAAGCCCCAGGACUCCCGAAAUACUCAUAAACCCUAAAAGGGCACAUAAAAUCCUCUCAAAUCUAUCAAAACGACCAAAAAUAAAAACCAAUGGCUUCCUCUCUAGAUGAUGCUUCGCCGCCUUCAAUCGAUGCCGUCACUGAAAACAAUCUCCAGCCGUUUUUUGUUCUUCAAAAAGGAUCAUUGAGGAAAUCGGAGAGAAAAUCAUCAGGAACAGGAAAAACAAGAAGGAGAAUUGAUUUGUCUCCAGCAUUACCUAAGAAUUCCGAGAAUCCUGAAGACGAAAAGGAAGAUGAAAACAUGAACUUAAGAAUGGAAGCUUUUGAAUUUGUUUGGUCAAAAAUCAAGUCAACCAUCAAAGAUGUUCUGAGAGAUAUUAAUACUAGUGUGUUUAGUGAAAUACAAAGUUGGGUGCAUCAAACUUUUGACACGAUUAGAUCACUUGGAACUCCUGAUUUUCUUGAAGCGACUCAAUCUUUCCCUGUUAUAACAGAUGCUAAUUCUAGAAAGCUAUUUACCGGGCUUGUUCUCACUAAGAAUAUGGAGUUUGUUGAUGAUCUAAUGACGUUUGACGCGCUUGGGAAACAUUUGAAAUCUCAAGGAUGCCAUGUUGCUAACCUUUCCUCACUGGACUUUAUUGCCAAAAAUGGGAUUGGUGGUUGUCUAAGAAGCUUAUUAAGACAGUUUUUAAAGUCUACUUUGGAUCCAGCUGACAUAUCAAUCUUAGCAUCAUGGUAUGGAGAAGAGAACUACAAAAAUCCAGUGGUUGUGAUUGUUGAUGACAUUGAGCGCUGUUGUGGGUCUGUCUUGUCUGAUUUCAUCCUUAUGUUAAGUGAAUGGGUUGUCAAGAUUCCAGUUAUUCUAAUAAUGGGGGUUGCAACAACCCUUGAUACCCAAAGAAAUAUACUUCCUUCAAAUGCUUUACAGCGCUUGUGCCCCUUUGAGUUCACCUUGGGAACCCCAGCUGAGAGAAUGGAUGCAGUUGUUGAGGCUGUUCUUGUGAAACCUUGUUCUGGGUUCAGUAUUGGCCACAAGGUUGCAGUUUUUAUGAGAAACUACUUUGUAAGCCAGGAUGGAACUCUAACAUCUUUUAUUAGAGCUUUAAAGAUAGCAUGCACUCAACAUUUCUUUGUGGAGCCUCUGAGUUUCAUUUUACACGAAUUUGUUCUUGAAGAGGAAAACUGGGUAUUAGAAAUUGGGCGGUAUGGAUUAUCACCAGAAGUGAUGUGGAAGCAUGUUUUUAACCUCCCAUCAUGUCAGAGGGUUAAAAUGACCAAACAGACCAAUGAAAGUUUGGCUCAUGCUUUUUCAGAAUUAAAGAGAUUACAGAAUCAGUGGAGAGCUGUGGUUUUGUGCCUAUAUGUAACUGGUAAGGGUGAAAAAGUCAGACUGCUGGAUUUAUUCUGUGAGGCAAUUGAUCCAGAAUCAUACAACAAAAGAGAAUUUGCUACUUGCACAAAAUUAGAGAAAGAUUCUAUUUUAUCUCCUUCUAGUCGACAACGUCCUAGCUUAGCAAAGGGACGUGUUAUCUUUGAGGCAAUUCAUUUGGUGAGGGAUCUUUCGACUGGACAGCUUGGUAAAUUGCUUAAGAUAUGGAAAAACCUUACUGUGGGCAUUCCUGAGAUAAACGACAAGGUGAAGGAGUUGCAGUCUUUACUAAAAAUAGAGGAUGGAAAAAGUUCAAAGAAAGAUUUGAUUAUAACACCCAAGAGACAUGCAUCUCGAAUCCAAUUGGAUAAUGAGAAGGACUCAAAAUCAUUGAGUGAUAAGGCUGCCAAUCUAUUAGAGUGCAUGGUUAGGGAUUAUAUGCAGCCCAUUGAAUGCAUACCUUUUCAUGAAAUUUUCUGUUUUAAAAAUGUUGACAAACUUCAACUGGCUUUGAUUGGGGACCCUAGAAGAAGGAUUCAGGUUGAUCUUCUUGAAUUCCAGAAACUCCUCCACUGUAGUUGCUGUAUCAGUGGCAGCAAUGCCCUAUUACCAUCCAUGCAUGAUACGUCCAUAAUGUAUAAACUUGCUCAGGAGCAUGGUGAUCUUAUCAAUCUCCAUGACUGGUACCAAUCAUUCAAAUCAGUGGUUCUCCGCCCUAGUAGCAGUAAAAGGAAAUCAAGACAAUCCCCAUUACCGAAGAAAAGAAAAGAUAUAAACGAAACAGAAAACCAGAGUGAAGCUUCCACACAAGCACGCUUUUGCAGGGCUGUAACAGAGCUCCAAAUUACAGGACUUCUUCGAAUGCCCACUAAAAGAAGACCAGAUUUUGCUCAAAGGGUGGCCUUUGGACUGUAACAUAAUUGGUAUAUUAAUAUUUGUAGGUACGUUUUUGCUUGCUUUGUUUAAAAUUUUAGAAUUGUUUCUUUUUCUUUUAUAAAUAUUAUAAAAACUGUUCUUAGAAAAUGUAAAUUGAUCUUGUGAUUCUUUAGCAACAAUAUAGUUUUUCUUUGUAAAAAAGGGUAUGGACAUU